AUGCAACACAUGUGCACCCAAAAGAUCCCAAGCAUCUUUGAGCUCGAGCUCCCAUCUACCACCAUGAAUCUCUUUGAUCAGAACAUCCCAAGGUCCCCAAUCGAGUUCGAAGAAAAAGUUGAUCUCAAAGUUGACCAACUCAAGGGUUUAUGGUCACCAAGUGAAGACGAAUUACUUAGAAAGGCUGUAUCUGUCAUGAAACAGCCUAUCUCCUGGGAAGAAAUUUCAAAGUUUGUACCAGGUAGAACACCAAAACAAUGCCGUGAAAGAUGGCUCUUUAGACUCUGCCCAGAUGUCAAUAAAGCACCUUUCCAAAAGUGGGAAGACGAAUUAAUAGUUCUCGAACGUCAAAAGAUCGGAAACCACUGGACAGCUAUAGCAGCUAAGCUCCCUGGAAGAACUAGCUGCGCAGUCAAGAACCGCUGGUAUACUGUACUUAGGAACAGAGUACAAAAACCUGUAAGCCAACGAGUUUUCUACCCACCCGUUGAAGCUUUAAGCGUAUAUUAUUUUCCUCAGUUCAUGCCACAGUAUGUUUGA